AAAAUGAAAUUUCGAAAACUGCUACUAUCGUAAUUCGUGGUGCAACUCAAAAUUUUCUUGAUGACGCCGAACGUGCUAUUGAUGAUGGUGUUAAUAUUGUAAAAGCCGUUACGAGAGAUGGGCGUCUAGUCGCUGGUGCUGGUGCUACUGAAAUGGAAUUGCUCAAACAAGCUUUUGAAGUAUUUCCACGUACUUUAGCAGAAAAUGCAGGGUUAGAUGCUACGCAAGUUCUUUCGAAACUUUAUGCUGCUCAUCAUCAAGAUGAUAGUGGAUUGAUUGGUGUAGAUAUUGAAAGCGAUAUUGAAAAUAAUACUUUAGACGCUUCUAAGGCUGGUGUUUUUGACU